AUGUUUCGAAUCAAAAAACGCCUAAUACUAAUAUCAUUGUUACUACUAGCGUUGAUUGUGUUUACAAGAUAUGACAGGCCGCAAGCUCCGCAAAUAAUUGAGAAGUUGGAGGUUACAAGUCGCAGAGAUCGUUAUGUCAAUCCCAUAUACGCUAAAUGGAAACCGAAGGAUCAAGACCUUGAAAGCAACUGCAAGGCCUAUUUUGGCUAUUUUGACAAAUUGCAGAGGAUCCCAUUAGAAGAGCAGGCAAAAUUUCAGCAUGAUGGCCUUCUCUUCAAGAAAACAAAAUGGCUUCGGGAAGCGGGAAGGAUUUAUAGAAAGGAGACUCGAAGGAAACACCAAAGAUUCGAGGAAAACUACGAGGCGUUGCUUAUGGAGAAGUUUUAUGAGAAGACCGCCCAACACAGCAGGUUAGAGGAGGGGUUUGUCAAUGACAUGGCUCAUAUGAGAGCCUUUGGAAAGUGCUUCUUGGAAGACAAUACUUAUGCUUCAAAACAUGCAAAGGGUUGUGAUCAAGCUUCAUCUCAGCUCUACCCUUUUCUUCUGGGCGAGCUACCUAGAAUUGAUUACGAUGGGAAGAAGCCCAAGACGGCUUCCACACAUGAUAACGAGUGUUUUCCGAAGCAACUUAAGCGUAAAGGUGAUGGAGAUGGUAUAGUGAUUCCCAUAUUACCUAAUCCUUCUCGGAGCCAACAGCUUGUCCGAGCUAUUAGGCUUAUCAAGGUGCUCAGAGCGGUCAACAACACAUUGCCCAUUGAGAUAGUUCUCAUGGACGAUAAUGCUGUCAGAAAGGACCUAAAAUUAGACAUCAUGCUGGCUGCCAAAAGAGCAGAUAUGAAAUUGCCUGCCUCGUUCGAAAAGCUCAUGUCUGACGAAGGUAUCAACGAGGUGACUUUGCCAGCACAAGAAGUGAGAUUUGUCUAUUUGCAGCGUGCUAUCACCAAAGAAUUCUACAAGAAUUCUGAUGCAUUGAUGAUGAAUCUAUCUCCGUUGCUCAGCUCCUUCGAGAGAGCCAUAGUGUUAUCUACGCAGACUAUACCGCUUACUGGAGAUCUUUCUGCCGCUCUUUCUGAUCCUGACCUCAAGCAAUUUGGCGUGAAAUUCUUCAAAAGUCGAGCAGUUUUUGAGCAAAGAGUGAAUCGUUACCCAGGAGGCUACUUUGAGACAAACGACCUCAUCAACGGCAUGGCCGAUGUGGGAACGAAUGAGACUAACCUGUUCGGUUUAAAGCGUGCUAGACAUACUUAUACCAAAAGGGUUAGACACGAAAGCUAUCCGCAGCUCAUUGACACAUCUAUGAUUGUGGUCGACAAACUGAAGGCGCUUCCAGGACUUCUCAUAUCCACAGCGCUUCAAUACUACCCCGUCAUUAGCUCCAAGUACGACUUUCUGGAGAGUAAUUUUGAGAGCUUAUGGCUUGGCCAAGAACUCACGGGAAACAUCGAGUAUGUUCCAUUCAAUGCCAAUUUCGCCUCUGUUGCUGGUAUCCUCACCCCACCAGAGAAUGUGCAGCUUGGUAUACCCACCAGGGAAUUGUGCUCCAGCUCAUGGACACAGGUAUCGGAUAAGGACGAUAUUAAUCUUGUUUAUGUCACCACACAUCAAAUUGAGAACCGAGUACUUCCCGAAUUUGACAAAGCAUUGAGAGAAAAAUACCUGAUCAAAGUAAGCAAAGAUCCCACUGACCCUGAAGUGGAUGACACCAUACACAAGACAUUCCUUAAGAGAAACCCACUUCGACUUGAAACCGUUCUUAGACCGGUGGCAGUUGAAAAAAGACAAUUCAAUAAAGAGGGAUUUCCCGAACUACCUUGGAAUCGGAAAGGUCUGUUUGGGUCUCUGGAUGAUUAUUGGUGUGCCUACGAUAUCGUCGGUACCACUAAUCUGCCAUUGAGGGGACUCGUCACGGAGAUAGUUGACCCUAAGAAGACGUGGUACAAUGCAUUGAUAGAGAUUUGGCUACUGUCAUCACAUCAACAAUCCUCAAACAUGGGUUCGUACGAAUAG